UCAUAAUUAUUUAAAAAUUCUGUUUCUCUCUCCUCAAAAAACACAAAUUCCCAUUUUCUCUCUUCCUCACUCUUCACUCCAAGAACCCACUCUCAACAUUCCCCCAAUUUUUCGAAAUUAGGGUUAGGGUUUGUUCCAUGUCUGUAUAAUUUCAACAAUAAGGAGCUCCCUUUUCUCCAAUUAUCUCUAUAAUUUGAUGCCAUAUCAAAACCCUAAUUUAUUCAAAUCAAUCUAAUUCAAAAAUUCCCCCAAAAUGUACGGUCAUGAGCAGCAUAUGAGCGUGUCAUCGUCUUCUCCCAAUCAUUUACAGGAACCUCAGACUUUGAUUGAUGAAAACGACAUCGUUCAGGGGGUUGAAGACUCCAUUGAUGAUCAUUAUCAUCGCCAUAAUCAGCAACGAUGUUCUGACGAUGGUUCUGUUCCUUUCGAAGGAGAUUCAAUUUAUGCUGUUGAUAAUUAUGGGAAGAUUGAAGGAUCUGAUCAGCUCACACUUUCGUUUCGUGGCCAAGUUUAUGUUUUUGAUUCUGUCACUCCUGAUAAGGUUGAAGCUGUUUUAUUGGUGUUAGGAGGGAAUGUGGGGGGAAGUGCACCAUCUUCAGUUUCACAAGGUGCAGAACUACCGCAAGUAUCACAUAUGAACCAGCCGGAUAUGAUGGUAUUUCCAGGACGCAGCAGUCUACCACAGCGAGAGGCAUCUUUAAAUAGAUUUCGCCAAAAGAGGAAAGAACGCCGCUUUGAUAAGUUAAUUAGGUAUAGUGUUCGGAAAGAAGUGGCACAGAGGCAGCCCCGUAGCAAGGGACAAUUUACAUCUUCAAAGAAGGGGGAUGAAUCUUCUGGCUGUAAUGCACAAGAUUCAGGUCCUGAUGACACACAGAUAGAAACAUUUUGUACACAUUGUGGAAUUAGUUCAACUUCAACACCAAUGAUGCGACGUGGACCAAAUGGGCCUAGGACUCUUUGUAAUGCAUGUGGACUUGUAUGGUCAAAUAAGGGUACUUUGAGGGAUCUUUCAAAGAAACAAGAUCCAUAUAUUAUGCCUAGUGAACUGACUGGUGAAUCUCCUUAUAGAGCAACUGAUAUACUUGGAGAGGCCAAAUAUGUCAAUUUCGGAGAAAAUGAUAGUACAGCACUAAUCGCACAACAUUAACACUCUCGUCUACUGUUGUUUUCACGGGAAUGCUGCUACUGCUGUUGCCAUCCAGGGCUUAGUGCAUAGUGCUUGAUAUUCCUUGGCGACUGUACAGAUAUGACGCAGCUUUAAUUUAUUAAUACACAAUCAACUUUUUACAAAAUGCAUUAUGAAACACUCAGAACAUCGGAUAGCAUGUUGACACUAUUGACAUGAUAUUUUGUACUUAAUGAUCAGCAUAGUUAGCUAUAAAUCUGAAAUCAGACUUUCCAGCUGUCUUUCUAGCUGUGUCUAUUUAUCUAAAAACAUGAGCAUGAUCAAUACCAUUACAGGUGGUCGUUCUGUAAAUUUACAGCAACUCUUUUUCGUUUUUCCUUA